AUGUCCCGUGCCUACUCCGCGCUGGGUCAGGGCAGCAUUUUCUUCAGGGGCGCUGAGCUCGAUGAUCUGAGCGCGAUCUAUGCGUUAGAGGCGGCGUCAUACCCAGAGGAUGAGGCGGCCACGCGGGACAAGCUACACUACCGCAUCUCACACGCCCCGGAGGCCUUUCUGGUGGCAGUGUCCAGCAGCGGGGGCGGCAGCGGCGAAGGCGGCGCAGCAAGCGCAGCGCAGGAGGAUGAAAUCAUAGGGUAUGUCUGUGGCACGUGCUCCAGCGCCGCAACCCUCACGCAUGAGUCCAUGAGCCGCCACGAGCCCGAAGGGCGCCUGCUGUGCAUCCACUCAGUGUGCGUCGCGGAGGCGCGGAGGCGCAAGGGCGUCGCCACCAGGCUGCUGCGCACUUAUCUGUCCUACGUGGCGGCCUCGUUGCCCCAGCUGGAGGAGGUCAGGCUGCUCUGCAAGCAGCAAAUGGUGCCCCUGUACGGGGGCGUCGGGUUUGUCCUGCUGGGGCCCUCGCCGGUGGUGCACGGCCAGGAGCAGUGGCUGGAGAUGGCCUACAGCUGGGAGCCGCCCGGCGCAGAGGACGCAGCUUGA